AUGGGCCAGAUUGGGAAGGGCGGUACGAGGGUGAGACUUGGCGUUGGUGUUUUGGAACAUCAAAGAUGGACAGGGUUUUCGCGGAGGUCGCUCCUCGGAUAUCUCCACAACUACAGGUCGGGGGUCUUCCAAAAUCGAGAAGAUUGGUGCAUAUGGCUAGGUCACUUCACCUUACAAUUUGUAUGGCACUCUGGCCCGGGGUUGUGGUGUGGUAGGGGAGAACGGGGGAUAAUCCCACACAGGAGCUUCGAACAACGUCCGGUUCACGUUUGGCUGGAUAACUCCACCACCACACGGGGUAUGCGGUCGGCGAUGGGGUCAAAGUGCUCGUAUGAUCGAGGGCUUUUCGAUGGAUCUAUCGGCGGGUUCUUAUUCGAAAAAUCGAGCGAGUUCGUGGUGGAGCGGUUGACUGAUGUGUGUAAGAAGAAUUAA